UGUAAAAGGUAAAGAAGCUUAUACACACUUUAAAGUACAGUGUUGUUUCUUCGGUUGUGUUUUCAAGUGGGCUUCGGUGCAUAAAUCUAUCAGACAUGGUCAUAAAAUAAACAUGGGCUGUCUAACAAGCAGACUCUGGCAUCGAUCUGCUGCUUACAGACUGGAGGACCCCGUCGUGAUGUCUGAUGAAGCAUCAGGAAAUCACAUGCACAUGGCGGUAGCCUUGUGUAACUUUCCACCCCAAAGGUCUGAUGAGCACACUAUAUUUUUAGGAGACAGCCUGAACAUUAUAUCAGAAGAUAAUGGCAUGUUGACGGUUCGUUCUUCAAGUGGCACAGAGUUUUUCAUUCCUCACACCUACGUUUCCAAAGUGCAUAAUCGGUGGCUGUUUGAAAGGAUCACAAGGAGAAAUGCAGAACAACUUCUUAUGCUGCCUCCAAACUACUCUGGAUGUUUUCUAAUUCGGGAAAGCCAGUCAUUCCCUGGUUCCUACUCACUUUCAAUGCGACAAGAUGGAGGCCAUGUGCACAAUGUAAAGCACUACAGAAUCCAUCAGCUCCACAAUGGCUGGUACUACGUCCACCACAGCCACUACUUCUCCACUCUCACCCAGCUGGUGGACUAUUACUCACGGUCUUCUAAUGGUACGUACUGUCAGCUGACUGAACCUUGCUUACUUCAUGACUCCAACACAGCUGUAGCAAUCCAGAGGUCCAGCCUUAACUGGAGAGAUUUGUCCAGGUCGAUGGUUCAAAGGCAGCUAAAGGGAACUAACCAGGAGAGUCUGGUCAGUGAAGGAUUACGAGAGACUAUGAAAGCAUAUUUUUAUGUCACAGAGUCGUCAGACUGUGAGGACUGAGUGACAUCCAACACAGAACAGACAUGUGAGACUGAUGAAGUUAAGUUAAAGAUGUUUUGGGUAUUUGGUGGGCAUUCUGACCACAA